AUGCCUGCCUCUGAGUCUCCCUCUAGAGCCCUUGCAUAUGCUGAGAAACCCCCAUGCGCUUUACGUAUUUUCCAUGAUAAAUACAUUAUUCUGGGUACAUACGAUCUAGACAAGCCAAGUGGCUUGAGAACAGGGUCCGUUGAAGUUAGAGAUUGCGAGACACGGCUAUUGGAACAAUACGAGGCCUAUGGAGCUAUCUUGGAUAUUAAACUGUCUCCGUUCGACGACACUUUAAUCGCAAGUGCACACUCCACGGGAAAUAUUCAAUUAUGGAAAGUGUGCGUGGACGACAACGACGUUUUCUUGAGACUGGACGAGUUGGUCAAUUUGCAAAUAUUCAACCCAAAUGUCCUGAUAACCUCCUUGCACUUUUCCCCUUCCAAUCCUGGCUGUCUCGUGGUCACGGCAACCACGGGUGAGACUCGAGCAGUGGACAUCGAAAACGAUUCCACCACCUUCUCCGCUUCCCGAGUCGCAAAUCACUACGAAAAAGUCGAAUCCCACCAAAUCGAUGUACAGGGCCAAAGCGUAUCAAUAGUCAACAGCCCGUCCAGGCCUUUUGGUCAUGAACAUGGCUUGGAGUGUUGGACAGCUGAAUUCGGAAAUCUUUCGCCUUUCCAAGAUGUCGUAUUUACCGGGGGCGACGAUGCGACAAUUGCAGCUCACGAUUUGCGCUCGGGCGAUAACAUAUGGGCAAAUUCGAGGACACAUGAGGCCGGCGUGGUGGCCAUCAAAACUAGUACACCGACUUUCCGCAACAACAAGCCGACCAGCAUUGUCACAGGCUCUUACGAUGACCACAUACGAACAUUGGAUUUGAGAAUGUGUGGGGACUCAAUUUAUCCAGGAAAUAAUAUACCGCCAGCCAAGUCAACGAGCCUGAACCUUGGAGGUGGAGUGUGGCGUUUUGUUGAGUCACCAGAAAACUCAGACUCUAACAUGCUUAAUAAACUUAUGGUAUGCUGCAUGUACGAUGGCGCAAAGAUAGUUACGGUUGGCGACGACGAUGAAUUUAGUUCGAUUGGCUACAUCAAGAAAAAUCACGAAUCUAUGUGUUACGGCGGUGACUGGAGUCCGAGUAUGAUUGCGACGUGCUCAUUCUAUGAUAAAGUGGUUCAAGUUUGGGAUGAAACUUCUUAG